CUACCUUCUUCUCCACCAAUCUUAUUUCUUCAUCUCAAAUAUCUAAUCCCCAUGCCGAAACUACCAGUGGAAGCAAAUCUACAAAUGUUUAAUAUCGCUUUCUUUCUCACAUUCAUCUUCUUUCCGCUUUCAUUUUCUCUUCCCUUCAUCGUUCUCCAUGGUAUUGGGGAUCAGUGUGAUGGAGGAGUGACGCGCUUCACUCAGUUUCUCAGCAGCUCUUCCCGUUCCCCUGGAUAUUGCAUAGAAGUUGGGAAUGGAAAAUGGGAUUCAUGGUUUCUCCCAAUUGAAGAGCAGAGCAGGAUUGUUUGUGAUAAGGUGAAGCAAAUGAAAGAGUUGAGUGGUGGUUACAACAUAGUUGGUCUCUCUCAGGGUAAUCUAGUAGCUCGAGGUGUUAUCGAGUUCUGUGAUGGUGGACCCCCAGUCAAAAAUUAUGUGUCUCUAGGAGGACCUCACGCGGGAAUAGCUGCUGUUCCACAAUGUGAUGGUUCUAGUCUUCUGUGCCAAAUUGCCAACGCAUUAAUCAGGUCAGAGGUGUACGACGACUAUGUCCAGGAUCAUCUGGCUCCCGGUGGUUAUAUCAAAUUACCGAAGGAUAUUCCUGAGUAUCUGAAGAAAUGCAAGUUCCUUCCGAAACUUAGCAAUGAGCUUCCAAAUAAGAACCCCAUUUACAAGCAGCGAUUCAGUAGCUUGCAGAACUUGGUGCUUAUCAUGUUCGAGAAUGAUUUGAUGUUGAUACCAAAAGAAACUUCAUGGUUCGGAUAUUACCCAGAUGGAGGGGAUGCUGUGAUUCCUACGCAACAGACAAAACUUUACAUGGAGGAUUGGAUUGGUCUAAAAAGCUUAGACGAAGGUGGUAGAGUGAAGUAUAUUAGUGUACCUGGAGGCCAUCUCAAUAUAUCUACAGAAGAUACCCAGAAGUAUGUUGUGUCUUACUUGGCAGACACCCACACCAGACAACUCAAAAUUUAGUUACAAAUGUAUAUUCAUGUACUAUUCC